CCCGGAUCUCAGUCAGCAGAGAGAAAGGAAGAGAGAGAGAAAAAAAACCUGGGAAAUAAAAACGAGAUAUUGUGUGGGAUUAUAGAUUGACCACUAAAGGAGAGAGAGGGGGUAUAACGGGCACCUGUUAGGGAGGGAUAUCUACAAACAGCAAGGACACGCACACAGAAGGUCAGGCUGACCUAGUUAUGUGAUGGAAAGAUCCUGUAUGGAGAGGGAUUCCAGCACUGAAUGAAAUAAUGAUGUGAUUUAAUAAACAAACAACGACAGUAGUUCACCAUGAAAUCUCAAAUCACCGGAAGCUGUUAUCACGUCAUCAUCACUGUCUUCAUUGCACCAGUCAUUUCCGAGUUAUCUCCCAUUAAGCACAUACUUCACGAUUAUCGACCCUUACAUUACGAUCAUCAUCACCUCAAAAACCAACACGAACGCAUGCGCAGAUCAUCAAUCCACACGAUGGAAUUUGAAUUCAGUUCAUACAACAGACAUUUCAAGGUUCGUUUAAAACGUGAUACUGAUGUUUUUCACUCUGACGUCACAAUAGAGAACAGUAACGGUCCAGUUGACAUCGAUACAUCAUUUUUAUACACCGGUGUUCUCAAAGAUGAACACUCUAACGUAUAUGGCCUAGUUAAUUCGGAAGGGCAUUUUCAAGGACAAAUCCACACCACAGAUAUGACCUACUUUGUUGAACCUUCGACAUUAUACUUCAAACGUCCCCAACCAUUUCAUUCCAUUAUUUACACUUUGAAAGACGUCAAUCGUAAUAUGACGUCAUCAUUUUGUCACGCCGAUAGCACUAGAGAGAGAAUCAUGAAAAGUAUUCCCUUCUCUGUCCACCGAGAAGCUGACCAAUGGCAAAACAGAUAUACAUUUGACGCAGAAUCACAAGGACGCCGGAAAAGAGCAGUUGACCCAGCAAAGACUAUCUGUUCUCUAUAUAUGCAGGCGGAUCAUACUUUUUACCAGAAAUUCAGUAGCAAUGUAGACACAGUAGUGGCCCAACUUGGUGUUUACGUUCAAGCGAUUAACAAUAUAUUUAAACCGAUAGAUUUUGAUGGAAACGGUAACGCUGACAACAUCGGAUUUCAAGUAAAGAGGAUGAAAGUGCAUACGGACCCAAACGCCCCAGGGUAUAAAUUGAAUGGCGCUUUCAGCGUUGAGAAGUUUCUUGACCUCCAUUCCUCGGACAACUACGACAAUUUUUGCCUGUCCUACAUGUUCGCUGACCGUGACUUUGACGGCGGUGUCCUUGGCCUUGCUUGGGUGGCGUCCUUGACAAAAGCCGGCGGCGUCUGUGAGAAACACAGGAGUUACAAUGGCGAAUACAAAAGUCUAAAUACCGGAAUCGUGACGGUCAAAAACUAUGGAGCCGAAGUAGCAUCUGUUGUUACCCAAGUGACUUUCGCUCACGAAGUCGGACACAAUUUCGGAUCAGACCACGACACUGACGGAUCGACAUGUGCUCCAGGUGGAACAGACGGAAACUACAUAAUGUACGCACGCGCAACUUCCGGGCAUUUACCGAACAACGAUAAGUUUUCAAGCUGUAGUAUCAACCAGGUGGCGCCCAUUAUCGAGGAGAAAGGUCGUAGUCCAACCGCCGGCUGUUUCGUAGCGCCUACAGGCCACGUGUGUGGGAAUAAAAUAGUGGAGGACCCGGAUGAAGAAUGUGACUGUGGGUGGGAGGAUGACUGUAAGGAGACGUGUUGUAAUCCCGCGGGAUCAACCAAUUCCUGUAAAUACAACAAUACCGGGGGUGUGGCGGGAUUUUGUAGCCCAAGUGAGGGGCCGUGCUGUGGAUCAGACUGCCAGAAGAUGACUUCCGGUGUAUGCCGAGGGAACACUUCUUGUCUCGCUGCCGCCACGUGCGAUGGUUCAGGGGUCACGUGCCCUCCAUCGUCACCGGAACCAAACGGAACUGCAUGCGCUGACGGACAGGUUUGCUUCCUAGGGGAGUGUUCAGCCUCGGUGUGCCUGGCUAAGGGUUACGAGUCAUGUCAGUGCCCGGGGUCCGGCUGGAAGGACGCAAACCUCUGCCGUCUCUGUUGUCAAGUCAACGACUCAUGUCAGUUUGAAGAUGGACACGCCUUUACAGGUGCCCCUUGUAAUGACUUCAAGGGCUAUUGUGACGUCUUUCACGUGUGUCGCGAGGUGGAUCCAACAGGACCUUUAAGCAAUAUCCGGAAGUUGCUGCUGUCAGGUGACGUCAUAAACACCGUGAAAACAUUCCUGACGGAGAAAUGGUGGGUGGCCGUGCUCGCCGCUGUCGGUCUCUUUGUUAUUAUGGGCUUAUUUAUCAAAUUUUGCUCCAAAAGUCAUGGACCAAGAAAAGAGAGGAGCGGGGGAAAGAGAGCCGAAAGUCCAAACUAUGAAUCAAAAUAUUCUACAUCUUAUGCACAGAUGCCGAGGCGUGUACAUCCAAACGAACGGCAGGAAGACCGGGACCCAAAUAAACUAAACCAGCAUCUCAAGAGCGCCUUCCAUGACGUAAUAGGAGAGCCUCCAGGGUUACGUAGUGUGAACAUCACGUGGGAUUGUUCCAAGGAGUGCUACACUUUUUUCCACGCCUGUUGCUAUGGUUUUGUAACGCUAUUCCUCGCGCCAUUCAUCGCUAUCGGUUGGGGUUUUACUUUCGCUUUUACAGCCUUUGAACAUAUUUGGUGUCUCACACCUAUAUUCAAGAACUGUUAUAUUUGCUGUGAGAGUUUUUUCUUACGCUGCAUUCGUUCCAUUCUGAAUUGUUGCGUCACACCUUGGACUAACGCAUGCGGAGGAAUUUUUGUUGCUUUUCAUAAAGACAUACCGGAAGCUGUGGUUGUACACCCCAAAGCGAGGCUAACAAAGGUAUCAUCACGUGAUAAGAAGAAUGAUGAUGAAGAGGUGGCUCAAGAACCGGAACCGGAAAAGAAAGCAUUAUUAGCUGCACCAGUUGUUAUUCGGGAAUCUAGUUAUGUCUCCGCAAAUAAAGUACAGGCGAACAAGUCGAUACAGCGUCAGCUGGGACUCUACCAAUGAAUUGGAAAUAUUAUAAACAAUAUGGUUUUGCUGUUAUUCAAUUCAUUUCAAGAGUUAAACUUUCAAUAUUGGAGUAUUUGUUGAUCGCACGAUUUAACAUUGCAAGUGUUUUUAAUUAACUUUUUAUUUAUUUAAUGGUUUUUAUUUA